AUGGAGGAGCACCGCAAGCGGUAUGGUCGAAGAUUGGACCAUGAUGAGCGCAAGCGGAAGAGGACUGCCCGAGAGGCUCACAAAUCAUCGGCAGACACGCAAAAGAUGGUCGGUCACAAGGCCAAGCUGCAUCACGCCAAACGCCACGCCGAGAAGGUCCAAUUGAAAAAGACACUCAAGGCGCACGACGAGCGGAAUGUCAAGCAAAAGGACGAUGGCGCUGUCAAGGAGGGAGCUUUGCCGACCUAUCUGCUGGACCGAGAGGGGCAAAAGGAUGCGAAAGCGCUCUCAUCUGCAGUCAAAGAUCGCCGCAAGGACCGUGCGGCCAAGUACGCUGUACCGCUGCCCAAGGUCCGAGGUAUCGCCGAGGAGGAGAUGUUCAAGGUCGUCAAGACCGGAAAGCACAAGAGCAAGAGCUGGAAGCGAAUGGUCAACAAGGCGACAUUCGUCGGAGAGGGGUUCACACGGAAACCUGUCAAGCUGGAGCGCUUCAUUCGACCCAUGGGACUGCGUAUGAACAAGGCCCACGUUACACAUCCCGAACUGAAAACCACCUUCCAACUGCCCAUUCUCGGCGUCAAGAAGAACCCUCAAUCUCCCUUAUACACAUCGCUGGGCGUUCUCACCAAGGGGACAAUCAUUGAGGUCAACGUUAGCGAGCUCGGUAUGGUCACUACCGGCGGAAAGGUCGUCUGGUCAAAAUACGCUCAGAUCACCAACAACCCAGAAAACGACGGAUGUAUCAACUCGGUGCUUUUGGUAUAG